AGCCUUUAUUCCACCUGCUCACGCUGCAUCAUCUUCGACGAACUCUAUUGCCGAAUUUCACAUCGAAUCGCUCCAGAUCUACUUUUCUAAGGCUGUCUGACGCUAAAAAUGUUUUCUCGAGAUCCAUCAGUGAGCAUUAAAGCCAGUGCCUCCUCCUUGUGCAACAAUCUUACGGUUUUAUCAUCGAAGGAGAAGCAGUCGUUAACUUAUGGCGUCGUUCAUAAGGCAUUUGUUUGUAUCACCACCGUUACUAAGGGGACUGUCGUCAACCAGAAACAAGUCUCUUGUAAAGGAGAAGGAGCUCAUAGUAGCUCUGCUGUGUUGCAGGCAAAGUGGUGUGAACUUCCAGACAGAACUGUCCUGGUUAUUACCUCUGUUAAGGGUGCCCAGAUGUUUGAAACUGAUGGAUCUAUAAUGAUAUUCUGGCAAGCACUUGGUGAAUCAAAGGAAGGAGUCUAUUCCCAUUUUGCAAGAGGAAUAUCGGCAGUAGGGGACAAGUAUAUUUGCGUAGGUACUUCUGAGGGUGGUAUCAUGGUGUUUGACAUUCCCCCACGUGGCACAGCUGUUAAACUACAGGAGACACUUACCUCACACAAGACAGCCAUUUGUGCUUGUCACAGUUUCAGAAGACUCUAGUGUCAGAGUAUGGAAGCUUUCUGCUGAUAGCAGUCCAACGAUGGAGAUGGUAUUUCAACAAGUCAUUGCAGAUACCCAGCUGUGUGGAGCAAGAUUCACAGACUUGUCAGGAGACUCCUUUGGUGUGACUGGAUAUGACUUAGCAGAGAUAAUAAUGUUCUCCAAAAAAUAGAAAUUUCCAUAAUUUAUUCCCGGUUACCAUAACGUCGAAAAUUUCCCAUAACGAUUACUUCGUGGGUGCGUAUCGAAAGUGGUUUUGCCAAAGGUAAGCCCGCAACUCCACGGCCCAGCAGGUCAGCGGCCCGCGGUAUUCUUAAGGUCCAAUGCCUGGCGACUCACUUUACUGCCACCUCUCCAAUGGGUGCUCCAAUAUGUCACGCUCUUGUAGCUCGUGGCAAUAAAAUGAUAAAGAUGAAAUCCGAGAACUUUGAGAAUGAAUGUCUGUUUAGCCGGCAGGUUCUGUGAUUAAAAAACGUUCAAAGACUAAACAUUUUCCCCAUGCAAAACGAAAGGAGAUGUAGCAAAGCUUGCAAAUGGUUGAAAAUAUAAAAAAGCACGAGCACAAAGACUUGCCAUUAUUCGUCUUCAGAGUUCACAAUUUUGGUAUGUAUAUGUUGUCCGCUGACCAUGAAAAGUAGCAAUGAAAUGAGCCGCAGGCCGCGGGCUGCUCUUGGCAAAACCCUUUCAAAGAGACGUUGGUAAAACCUAACUUUGUUUUUUUUUCCUUUCUGACUUUUACUGGGCCUCAUUUUGUUGUUUUGCAUUGUAUUGUUUCCAUUUAAUACUCUUAGAUACAUAUUUAAUUAGCCGUAGCAACAGCGCUAUUUGCAGCUUGAAAAUCCUCUACAUAACAUGACAUAACGCUAUAAAUAUCGGUGCAGUAACCAGCUUAACAGUUUAAAAUAAAUUUUAUCUUGUUACAUAUCAAGGGUUUUAGUUCUUUAAAAAUGAUAUGAUUAUCGAGAUUAACCUUUUUGUUAUUUACAAGUAAGUUAGACUCCAUUGCCGUUGUUCAAAUUUGCAGCCGUUUUGGCUGGAAAAAGACAGCAAAUUCUGUUCUUUUUUUCUGUAAAUAGGGCAGAUCACAUACAUAAACUGGGUUUUGAUAUAGUGCUUUUGGAAGGAGUUUGUCUCUUGCGGUGGCAGUUUUACUUGUAAAUAGCUGAUUAAUCGCCAAUAGAUUACUGUACUUACAACUGACGCAGUUUCGUCUCAAAAUCCUCUUCAUGACGUUGUACAUAUAGUACUCGAGCGAAUCAAUUUGAUCCAUCAAGAGUUGUAGUAAUUUUAAAAAUUUUGCAAUUAUACAGAUUAACCUUUC